AUGGAUAGUAAAAUCCCUUUUUAGAAAAAGACUAAUAUACUUGUAAAGGAUGGAAUAUUAAUCAUCUUGUAAAAUAAUGAAUCCUUGAUUGAGCUCUACAAGCAGCGAAGAUUGAAGCGCAGACAUGAAAAGAAAGAUUAUUGCAUUUAUCACCAAGAGAAGGAGACUAAAAUUGAACCAGAAGCACAUUUAAAGACUCUUCAAAGCUAAUUAUCUCGACGUAUUGAGAUGGUAUUAUUCUCUGAAAAAAGAUCUAUUGGUUUCUGA